CACACACACACACACACACAACAAACCUGUCUUUCUUUUUAAAUUCAACUAUCUUAAAAAAAAAAGAUUUAUUUACUUAUUUAAUUUAUGAGUACACUUUAGCUGUCAUCAGAUGCACCAGAAGAGGAUAUUAGACCCCAUUACAUUCUGAGUCACCAUGUGGUUGCUGGGAAUUGAACUCAGGACCUCUGGAAGAUCAGCCAGUGCUCUUGACCACUGAGCCAUCUCUCCAGUCCUUUAAUGAGCUAUCUUAAGCCAUAAUCCCAGCGAUAAGGAGACUGAGGCAGGACUACUGUGAAUUCAUGGCCAGCCUAGGCUACAUACACAUAGAGUUUUGGGCCAACAUAGAUUAUAUAACAAAACCCUGACCACAAAGCAAAAACAAACAAAAAAACAGAAGCAUUCGCCCCCCCCCCCCACCUCAAAAGUCCCAUUAACACUCAAUGACAUUGGUUAGUUAGACCUAAACUAAGUAGGACUGUCCCUUAAGACAGUUUCCUCCAGGUCACAUGUCACAUGCUCUGGCCUUGGGAGAACUUCCUUACCCCCAACCUUGGAUGUAGGUGAGAGACGCAUCCGGUAGCUAGCAGCAAUGGACAGAGGUACUGUGAUGGGGAGGAAGGGCAGGGCUGAUGCAGAGAUGGUUCAUGGGGACUGAGCCACAUUUGUGAGGAACACAUUUUCCCUCCUUCCCAGGUUAGCUGAGAAGUACUUAACUUAAGCUGGCCUGGAACUCCUGGCAAUUCUCUUGCCUCAGCCUUCCAAGUGUGACAGGCAAGAUCUUGAGUCUUGAGGCAAGGCCUCACUGGUAGCCCAGGCUGGCCUCCAAUGUGAAGUCGUGUGCUCCAUGCCUGGCUGCUCUUGUAAACUGCUGUAGAGAAACAGCCUCGGAGGAUGGGGCUGACCACCCCCAGACACCAGCUGUGCUUGCUCUAUCCAUCUGGGGUCUGAUGAGGACCAGGCCUGAAGGUCACGGCGACUCUGUCAGCUACCCCACCAAGACCUCCUUCAUAGCAGCUGUGACAGCUGCUCCACAAAACACACUCAGGCUCCGCUGGCAGGUGAAGACACAUCCACUCAUCCCGCCAUCUAGCUCAGGAAUUGAGAAACAUAAAAGGGGAUAAAUCUUCAGUGAUGCACUUCUCCCUCCAUGUUCUGUGCUGCGGCUGUGGAACCCAGAAGCCAGGCAUGCUAGCUGAGCACUGCCACUGAGCUGCACCGAGCAGCACCGUGCGAGGAACACAUCUGUCAGGCCAGUGAGAUGGUUCAUCGGGUAAGGGCACUUGCUGCUGAGUCCCGAGCUCUGAGUAUAAUCCCUAGAACCCUCAUGAUGGAAGGAGAAUUGGCCUUUGCAAAGUGUCCUCUGACGCCCUCUCAUGCUCAGGGGCUCGGGAGCCCUCCCCUAAAGUAAUUAGUGAAUGAAUGAAUGUGCAAAAGCAGAUCUAUGCAGAGUGAACCUAAAGACAGAAGUGUCAGAAAAAUUGGCCUCCUGUUCUAAAAGGAGUAUUUUGUUGUUUUUUGUUUGUUUUUGAGACAGGGUUUUACGGUGGAGCUUGGCUGGCCUAGAGAACACUUUGUAGACUAGGCUAACUGGGAAUCAGAGAUACGCCUGCCGCAGUUUCUCUCUCUCCAGUGCAGAAUGCUGGGAUUAAAGGCGUGUGCUACCACGCCUGGCUUUGAAGGAAUCUGACCAAGAUCUUAGAAACUACAAGGCCACCAGAAGCAGGGGUUUUCAGAGUCUGCAGGUUGAGCCCCGCCCCGCCAGGCCCGCCACACCUGGCGUGUCAUGCACACACCUUAUCAGCAUCUCUCAGGGCUUUGUUUUAUGCCCCAUCCCUCUUUGGGGGCAGGCAUACAAUCUUGAAGGAUUCUCAGGAUCAAAUACAGCAGUUUUUUUCCACAACGCAUCAGGAUCAACAAGAAUACAGGUCCCCCGGGACACAGAGGCAGCCCAGCCUGCCAGGCAACUCUAAGAAGCAGGAGCCGCAGUGAGGGAAGCAUUCGUCCGUCAGAGGAGAGGUGGCUAGGCCAGCACCUGCCCAGGUUCCUGCCAGGAACGGGACCUGCACCUGGUGAGUGUGUCGCUAACAGGAUGGGGAGGGGACGGUGGGCAUCAGGGCAAGCAGGUGUGCGUUCUGAAGGAAAUAGAGCUUUCUCUGACUGUAAACACAGCAACAGGCACAGCUGCCUGUGACAGCAGACCCAGUUUUAGCGAUUAUGGUAGGUGGGCACCACUUUCCCCUCAAAAAUAGUCCCAUGUUUUUUGGCUUUAAGCCAAAGAAAACCAAGGUGGACCAUUUCCACAGCAUGUGACAGAUGACAUUUCACAGGUGUUAAAAAGCCACCGUGUCUCAACCCCGACUUACUUAAGGCCACUGCCGAAGCCUGCUUCUGAAGAUGAUCUGGCAGCUGUGCUUGCUCCAGGUGGACACUCCAUAGAGGAGCCCACCUCUGCAGACACACAGCUGGGCCAGCACACAGACCUAGGCAUAAGCACACUGCGAACGAGAUGCCCAUCUUAUGGACAGCUUGUGGGUUCAAAUUAGCCCAACUAACAUGAUCUAUCUAGCGGUUUAUAAAAGCUGACAUUCAUGGUGCUGUGGACACUGUCCUGAGCCCAGGGAGGACUAAGAGGACAGAUGAGAACCUGCCCUGCUGUGACCACAGUGACUUGUGUCACCAUGCUCAGAAAGUAGCUGUGACACACAGGGUCUGCAACCAACCAAGCGGCAGGCUGGUGAUGACCCCAGUGAGAAGAUCAUGGGAAGGGACACUCAGGAGGUCCUGUGGCAGCCGCUGGCCUGGCUCCCUGGUUUGCGCUCAGCCUCCAGGUUCCACAGCAGGCUCUCAGGGUGAGGAAUACACAGUGAGCUGGGCUGUGGUAAAGCCUGAGGAAAUUCUGGAAACUGCUGAUCGAAUGAAGAGAAUUCUCAAAGGGAGCAAGACUAUAGUUCAUGUGACAACACACUAAAUAGAAACAGUGGUGGCUUGUGCUGAAGUAGCAGCUGGCUGGGCAGUGGUGUCUGAGUGGGUGACAGUCAGACCGCAGUAUCAGCUGCGCUGAGGACCAGGAGAAGGUGAUAAGAAAGACACACCUUGCUCUCAUCCACCUAAAAAAGGCAGAAAACCAUUUAGGCCAGGGAGUGCCCUGAAGGACACUGGGCUACCCCUGGGAUUGUCUUCAUUUAAUUAUAUAGAUGUCUGAAAAGGCAGUCCCUGGUGCGUGGCUACAGCAGGCUUACAGGGGCACACUCUGCUAGUGUGAGAACCAAGCAGACCCCGAGCCUUCUUCCUGGCAAAACCUACACCACCAGGAAGGGUGUGCCAAGCCACGAGCACUUACUGUGUACCUUGCUCAAAAUUCCCAAGUUUCAGCCGGGUGUGGCGGCACAAGCCCUGAACCCCAGCAUACAGCUCUGUGAGUUCCAGGCCAGCCUGGUCUACACAGUGAGUUCCAGGCUAGUCAGGACGACACUGUGAGGCUCUGUCUCAAAAAACCCAAGCAGGCUGAAAAAUAAGUAAAGCCUGAAGUGACAGCACCCAAGAAUCCUCAGUGUUGCUUGAUCUGCAUCUACGUCAACCAGGGUUCUCCGCCCUAGGGGACUUCUAUACUGGGGGAGGGGCUGUUUAUUUUGGGGACCAGACUUGAAAUGAUGAGCCAUCAGAGUGUUUAUGAAGGUAGACCUUGCAAGCCCUACAAACUCACAAACUCUUUAAUAAAGGAGACCCUAAGGUUUGAUGCUCUCAGCAAUUGGCAUGUGUUGACUGAAUCUGUGAGCAGCGCCCGGGGCAGCAGCUGCUUUGUAUUUCACAUUAGGUGAUCAGAAACUGCACUGAAAAUCAAUGUGGUAUUUAACCAUCUGAGACAGGCAGAACUCUCAAGGCUGUGAGUCUUAAGAGUGAUUCAGAGCUCUACCAACCGCCAUGUCACUUAAGGAAAGAGCUCCUGCACGUCCAUUGGCCAUGACAAUGUGACUUGUGGCACCACAGAACCAGGAGUCACAAAGAGCAAGACCUCCUGACCUCUCACUCGGCCAGCUCUCCUCUCUCAGUGCAGAAGGACAAUGAUGGUAGCUAUACAACAGUAGCCUCAUUAAUGUGCUCUCAGCAACUGUCUGCCGCAGUGGUACCUGCUCAAGUUCCUACUCCGCUUCUAGGCAGCUGACCACAUUGGUAUAAAGAGACAUCAUUACACACCUCGAUUUUAAUGCCUAAAAGCAACCUAUCAGCUCCAUCAGCUCACUUCAGCAGGUUAGCUGUGUAACCAUAGACUGCUCUCAACUUGUCAUUUAAGUUCUUUACGGAAAGACUCCAACUCAGUGUAACAGAGAAAGGCGUGAAUACACAGCUCAUGAGCUGUGUUCAGCAGAUGGAGUCAUCAGGGACACACAGUGACACCACAGGGAAUCACCCCCAAUUAGGAUGGUUACCAUGGGAAUGGAGUGCAGAGUGUAAGGAACUCUCUCUCCUACCUGCUGCUGUACUACUGACCCAGAGAAGCCCACUGUGAAGCUAUCCAACACGGGAGACCACCACUUCACUACCCCACAUUCACUGGAGACAGACAAAAACAUGCUUACACAAAGACUUGCACACAAUGAUUACAGCAUCCCUGUAACAAUGAGACACCAAAAAUGACUCACGUGUCCAUCAACAGUUGAACAAAUAGAUUGUGCAUGGCCAUGAGAUAGAGCAUCACUCAGCAAUGAGAGCUAUGGAGAACUGGGCUGAUGAGGCUGACUGUCAUAACUAGGAAAAAGCACCCCUACCAAGAAUCCACUGUCUGAGUCUACUAUGUCACUAUGUCACAUUACAGAACAUGCAAACCAUCCAGGACACAGAAAUCACACAAAUGGUGUAGAAAGGCAGGCGAGUCACCAGGGGUAUAAGGAAAGGUAGGGCAAAGUUGCCCUGAUGUGGUGGUAGUUUCAGAGUAUAAACACAUUUAAAAGUGGUCAAAUUAGCCAGAUGUGCCUACUGCACCUGCAGUCCACAGACUUAGGCGCCGGAGACAGGAGGAUGUGUAAACCCUUAAGUUCAAGGUCAGCUUGGGCAACAUAAAAGCCCCUCAAAAAAAAAAAAAAAAAAAAAAGGGCAGAAAGAAAGAAGCCCAAAUGGCACUUUUCCAUCUGACCAUCUACCUAUCUAUCCAUCCACUGAUCCCUGGAAACCACUGUGUAGCCAACAAUGACCUUGAACUUCUGCUCUUCCUGUCUCUACCCAAAUGUGCAGAGCUGACAGACAUGGGGACCCAGGGUUUCACACAUGCCAGGCAGGCACUGCACCCACUGCUCUGCAUCCCCAGCCCAAGUGACUCCCUUAAGAACAUACAGUAAGGGCUGGCGAGAUGGCUCAGUGGUUGAGAGCGCCGACUGCUCUUCCGAAGGUCCUGAGUUCAAAUCCCAGCAACCACAUGGUGGCUCACAACCAUCCGUAACAAAAUCUGAUGCCCUCUUCUGGAGUAUCUGAAGACAGCUACAGUGUACUUACAUAUAAUAAAUAAAUAAAUCUUUAAAAAAAAAAAAGAACAUACAGUGAAUGUGCUUCAGCAGGGGCUGGAGGAGGUCACCCUACUCUAAAUGUUCUGUUGUUCCUUUAGGAGAACUAAAAGGAAAACCUUUCAAGCUAUGGUGGCGACAACACACUGAGAGCUCAAAGCAUGAGCCAGCUCCGGACCACAAAGGCUGGGCUGGUGGCAUGUGGCAUGAUUUGCGCCUUCAUCUUUCUUUACUUGAGAAACCCAGGUCCUGAGGAGGCUGAGGCUGAGGCUGAGGCUGAGCCCACCAACCCAGCUGUGGUGGAAUGUGGCUUCUAUCCAGAUGAACUGUGCUCGGCUUUAUUUGACGGGAAAAAGGCAGCCCCCCAAAUCGCUCAAUUCUGCAAACCCCCUCAGAACUCUGAAGUUCCUGCUCGCUUGCGCACACCUGGAAACUGCUCCAGGCUGGCUCGGGGGCUGCACUUCAUAACCAGACCCCUGUCUGCAGAAGAGGGGAACUUCUCCUUGGCCUAUGUUAUACAUGCUCCGAGGGAGCUGGUCAUGUUUGUGCGGCUUCUCAGAGCGAUUUAUGCACCUCAGAAUGUCUACUGUAUCCACAGUGAUGAAAAUGCCCCAAAGAAGUUUAAGAGUGCCAUGCAAACCUUCGUGGACUGUUUUGGAAACAUCUUUCUUUCAUCAAAGACACAGAAGGUGGCUCAUGACAACCUCAGGAGGCUGCAGGCAGAGAUUGACUGCAUGAGGGACCUGGUCCACUCCCCAUUUCAAUGGCACUAUGUCAUGAAUCUCUGUGGACAGGAAUUCCCUAUCAAAACCAACAAAGAAAUCAUCUAUGACAUCAGAACCAGGUGGAAGGGUAAAAACAUCACGCCUGGGGUGACCCCACCCGCAAACUCCAAACCCAAGACAGGCCAAGGCCCUCCAAAGCCCAGUCCCGAUGAAAACAGCUACACAGCUCCAAAUACAAUUUUCAAACAAAGCCCACCCCACAAUCUAACAAUUUCCUCUGGAAGUGCUCACUAUGCACUUACGAGGAAGUUUGUAGAGUUCGUCCUAACUGAUCCCCGUGCAAAAGACAUGCUGCAGUGGUCCAAAGACAUCCAAAGCCCGGAGAAGCACUACUGGGUGACCCUGAACCGACUGAAAGACGCUCCAGGUGCCACACCAGAUGCUGGAUGGGAAGGACACAUUCGGGCCACAAAGUGGAGAACAGAGGCAGGAGAUGGUCGCAAGGGGUGCACAGACCACGAUGCCCAAGACACUUGUGUGUAUGGCCUGGGAGACCUGCCUGGGCUCAUCCGGCUGCCAGCUUUCUUUGCCACGCUGGAGCCCUCCUCAGACCCGCUGGUGGGAGUAUGCCUAGAGAGGCGGCACCGACUCAGAGCCCUACAGCAGGCCGAGGUCCCUCCAGAGCCACACUGGCAGUUUCCCCAGCAAAGCCACUUCAACAGUCAACCUCACCAUUAAGGCACUUGUCAGCAUUGCUUUUUAAAUUCUUGGAUGUGAAUGAUUUAAAAAAUGAUGCAGAGACAUGUGCCAC